UCGCCCACUUCCUCUCAUCUGUAAGCAUCCAUCCACAAAUGGAGCUUUCAUUUCCUUCUCGCUUCCUAAACAGCUUUUCCUCCUCUUCCACCGCCGCCAGAACCGCCCCACUAAUUAACAAGCCCAUAGUUCCCCAUAGGUUUCCCUUCACCCCUCUUCUUCCUUUCCAACGUUCUCUUUCCCCUUUCACUUUUAAACAAAUGAAUAAUAUUAAUUCCCAGUCACCUCUUUCUUGUUCCUCUCUUCCCCAGAACAAUGGCUCCUCAUCCCCCACUUCCCCUUCACCCGAUCCAGGCCGGAUUGGAGUGGUGGAGAGGGUGACGAAAGAGACUAAUGUGUGGGUUAAGAUCAGUUUGGAUGGCAAUGGAGUUGCUAAUUCUAGUACUAGUAUUCCCUUUCUAGAUCAUAUGUUGGAUCAACUAGCGUCUCAUGGGCUGUUCGAUGUGCACGUCAAGGCUACUGGGGACAUUCAUAUUGAUGAUCAUCACACCAAUGAAGAUGUUGCCCUUGCUCUCGGAACGGCAUUGCUUCAGGCACUUGGUGACAGGAAAGGAAUUAAUCGUUUUGGAGAUUUUUCUGCUCCUCUUGAUGAAGCAUUGAUACAUGUUUCACUGGAUUUAUCUGGCCGACCGCAUUUAUCUUAUGAUCUGAACAUUCCCACUGAAAGAGUUGGGACAUAUGACACUCAGUUGGUGGAGCAUUUUUUCCAGUCUUUGGUCAAUACUUCUGGCAUGACACUUCAUAUACGACAGCUUGCAGGGAAAAAUUCACAUCAUAUUAUUGAGGCAACAUUUAAGGCGUUUGCCAGGGCCCUUAGGCAGGCAACUGAAUAUGAUCUGCGCCGCCUUGGGACCGUACCUAGCUCAAAAGGGGUUCUAUCACGUUCUUGACGUUUCAUGAGCAUCAUAUGGGCCAAGUCAAUGACCCCAACAGCACAAACGGUGAGAUGCAUUUCGUGGAUAUUUAGGUAAUUAGCCUUUUAAUUAUUUUCUAAGUAUCACAGUUUUA